GAAAACUCACCACAGAUUUCUUCUCUACUCUCUACUCCAUCUCGAAGUGCAUCAGCGUGCGCGUUUUUGCCUCUACUUGGUCUGUCUGUAACUACAGUCAGUGUACUAGUAGUAGUAUUUCCCUACCAAAGCUGCAGUGAGGAUACGCACACACACACACACACUUCAGUAGGAAAGAAAAAUGGACGUCGCAGUCGGCCCAAGAAAAAGCGUGGACAGAUGGUGUUCGUGAGGAGCCUUUGCUCACUUGUGGAGACGUUCUGCGCAGCGGAUUGUAGCGGUUGUCUCGUAGCCGCUUUCACGUACGCUAGCCUGAGCAAAUGUCGAACAACAGUUACAUGCUCAGCUGAUUCGAAGGUAUUUCUUGCGUCCGAAGUAAGGGCUAAGGUGCCAACGCCGGAUCGUUCGAGCUGGAUUUUCACGUAGAAGUGUCACACUGUUCGGAAGAAGCACCCCUGUUUGAUUUCUACAAAAUGUAGUAUGUGACAGCAGGUUCGCGUUGGUUGUAUCGUGGAUGCAGGGGUUCCCAGAGUGACAGGGUGUGUUUUGUGUGCCGCUUCUGCCCUUCCGCCAGUUCCGGUGGUUCGUCUAUUUGGACUAGGAAAGUUAGUGAAACGUGGCUGAGUCCAGUGCCUACGAGUGUACGGAAAAUAAGGAGCAGAGUCCGGUAAAAGUGCGUGUGUGUUGACCAGCCUCGCUGGAGAGUGGAGUUCGUUUUGGUGAAGAGCAGCUGUCACAAGAGAUUAGAGAUUAGUCCUCCCUGCCUGGCUGGUAUCAGCGUGGUUCGUCCGGGAUACAGCUAUGCUGAGCUCCACUCUGGGCCUGCCGAUGGAAACGGCUCACCCUCACAGUCAACCUCAAUCUCAGCCCCAGCAGCAGGACGAAAAUGACGUUGCCAAGCUUCGGAACCUGUACAAAAUUCGCUGGGCGCUGCAAGCGGAGAACAAGACGGAAAGCAGAUCGCUGGCGGAUGCCAUUUCGGCGCUGGAGGAGAGAGGAAGCCAGCAGCGGAGGAGCAGCAAAACGACACCGCGAACGUCGAUCGGUCGACGUGUGGCUCAUGGGCACGGACGAUCCACGACCACCAGUCGGUACCAGAUGAAGAUGGAGAAACGCGGUAAAAUCUGUGUGUUCGAGAAUGUAACUCGCGAUCCUGGUGUCGGCCUGGUGCUCUGCAAUGAAGAUCCUAGUGAACUGUCGUCUAGCAUUCGCCCUGGACCUUUGAGAACGCACGCUAGUCCGUCCAGUGCUGGGUCAGAGCAAAGCAGUCAAGGGGGCGAUGACGACCGCGAUGCGGUCGAUGAAGAUGAAACGGCGAUCUCGUCGGAGCGUGUUUCCGAGUGUCGGGACGGUCAUGGCAGCGGUUCGGAAGGUGUUGAUGACGGACGAGGUGCCCGUUCCAAGACAAAGGGUCGUCACAUCUUUGUACAGACAGUAGUGAAUGGUGGAGAGGCGGAUCGUCAUGGCUUCAUUCGCUCCGGUGAUCGUCUACUGGAGAUCAACAGUCAACCAGUGCCGGGCAGAUCUCUUCAUGAUGCCAGAGCAAUGCUGGGUGAAGCUGAGAGAGGAGGUCGUGUGGUUCUCGCGGUGGGGGUUGUGGGCACACCGGCCGCAUUGGCAUUGCGGGAACGACACUUCCGCUGCAAGAGUGACUCAGCAGCCACGUCAAUGACGACGUCACGUGACAGUGAACAGGAAGUGGAGAGCAGUGGUGGUGGUAGUGAGUCGAAGUCCAGACGCAGUCAUCACGCUCACGCUCAGCAUCGACGUCUGCUGUCAGAGCCAAUGUACCCACUCUCUGAUGGUGAUGACCCGAUAUUCAGGGACUUUGCCAAUUCGUGCUGCUUGCCUGGCUCGGCCGCAGAGCAUUGGGGCUCCUCUUCGUCCAUACCCGCAGCCACAAGCUCAGCGUCAUCAGACACAGGGUUUGAGUCAGGGAACGCUGCUAGCGGUGGCAAGGCACGCUCUGCAUCUACGCUGCCACCGACUCAGCAGCAACAACAACAGCAACUACAGCUGCAGCAGCAAGUCGCAGUUCAACAGCAGAAGUCGAGCAGUUUGAAACGAGGUGAUAUCAGCAUACUAAAAGGACUGCAGCGCAAGCUAUCGACAAAGUCAAACUCCCAGCGGAAGAUUGUUAUUGACAAAGACCCGUUAGUCGGCUAUGGUCUGGAGGUUCAAGGCGGCAGGGGAUCAUUACUUGGUGACAUUGAUGUACUUGUUCGACGCAUUGAACCUGACAGCAGUGCAGGCCGCUGUGGUAAGCUCAAGCAAGGCGAUCACAUAGUGCAGAUCAAUAGCCUGGCCACGGAGGGUAUGACUCAUGAUGAUGUCAUCUCAAUACUGCGCACCUCGCAGGGCCCACUGGAGCUGGUUGUGGCCGAGACAUCGGUCACAUGGGCGGGGGAUAGCCUACCAAGACGAUGUACAUCUGCCGAGGACUUGCCCAAGAUGACCGGCACCGGUGUCUCUCGCAGCAGUGCUGGGGCCAGUGGCGGGUCAGGCAUGGAAAUACCUGCAGCGGCUGCCAAGCGGAUAGGCCGCGACCGGCUCUCUCGUCGCGGCAGUAGUGAUCACAUUUUCACCGAAACAGGUUCACAGGUGCCCAUUCGCUCACGGUCAUACCACUCCGACGCAGGCUCUAACGACGAGGGCAGUCCUGGUCGUGUACAGCUUCGAAGCAAGCACCUCAGCUUGCUGAAUCGACCACGUUCUCGCGAGAUUCCGCCAGGGGCACAGACCCCCAGCGACGAACGGAUGAGCAAGUUCCCACGCCUGGCCAAGCUGCUGACGCGAAGCAGUGACAAUGUGGGAGCAGACGUUGACGACUCUGCUUCUCCUCAGUCACUUCUGUCAACACAGCAGCAGCAGCAGCAGGUGCCGUCACAUCCGCAGCAAGUCGUUCAGGCAUGGGCACGCAACUCCAGUGUCGACUCGUCCUCCAACAACUCCCCGGCCGCCACAGGCAAGCGUCAGUUUGUCCUAACUGAGACCAUAGUCCUUGCCAUGCAUGCUGGCAAGCUGGGCUUCACCAUUGUCGGUGGGUGGAUGGACGACAACACGUGUCGGCCAGUGUGUGUCAAGAGUGUCAUGCCAGACUUAUUGGCACACAGAGAUGGAAGGAUGAAACGAGGUGAUGAGAUCAUCGCUGCCAACGGCCAGAACCUAUCGGGCAUGACACUUCAAGAAGCUAAAUUAGCGAUAAAGAGUGCCUGUGGCCUGGUUACAUUGGAGGUCCGUCAUCAGGCACCACCCAGCAUUCGACAGCAGAUCUUUGUGUCCUUCAACUGCGGUGACACCCUUGGGUUUGCUCCCACUGUUGUGCAAGACAAAGACGCAGACUCCUGCCAGGUCUAUGUACUCAAAGUGGACAGGUCAUCCGAGGCAGCCUGCCACCUCAGAGCUGGCGAUCACCUGCUUUCCAUCAACAAUCACUCCCUGCUGUGCCAGAGCAUGCAGCGCGUGAAGGACGUGUUUGCUGAGCUCAAACCAGACUUGACGCUGAAAGUCGAGCGCAUGACGCGACCUGGAGCCGAUGUCAGUAGCAGUGAGAGUGGCAUCGGUUCUAUUAGCAGCUUGUUCAGAAGAAGCCUCUGCUUGACCAGCUGCGCUACAGACCUCAACUCAUCAGAGGCAUCCCUGGACUCGAGCACCUCCAACACGAUGUCCACAAGCAGUGUACCCAGCACAUGUAGCAGUGGUGAGUUUGACCCGAUGUCAGUAUCAAGCGAUCAUGGAUCAACUGACAACAUUCUGCUGGAGGCUGUGGCUCCGUCACUCAGUGACUCCGACGCGGACAACAAGGAAGACAGCAGUGAAGACGUCACGGCACUGAGUCUUGGCAUCGACACGGCUAAGCUCACCGACGACCCUUUUGCCGACGAGGACAAGGACGAAGAAGAAGAGGAGGAGAUGGCAGAAGAGGUGACAGGCAGUAACAAACGCCUCGACAUGGCCAUACUGUCUGAACUGGACCCAUUGAUGCGUACACGGGCACCUAGCGUGGACAAACAUCGGCGCAACAGCCGACGCUUCAUGAAGUCGGUCUCGGACUUCCUGUGCACUGACUACCACGUGCCACAGGUGCCGGGGAAAACGGAGGCGGAUCGCGACGCCUACUUGGCUCGCCGUCGUUCGAUGCUGGUUAACACGCCAGCGAUCGACAUCAGCGGUGUUGGGGAAGUACGCUCCGGGUCACCACUGGACGCUGUGUGGUCGGAGGAUGCCAUGUCUUUGCACAGCCGGCGCAUGACAGCGGACAAGUCGUCGCUGUGUUCGGAGGACACGCUGCGCGGCAGCGAGUACGACACCGUCAGUCACACGUCGUCGCUGGUUGCCGGUGAAUGCUAUGAGGAACAGGCGUACGAGUGCUCCAGCAUCACCGCUCCCAGGUCCUUCCAGCUCUCCUCCAGCACACUCAGCAGGCUGCUUGGUGCUGCUAAACUUGCUGCUAAUAGUGCUGCUAACAGUGCUAACAACACAAACUCUGGCAACACUGAUGCUCAUGGCAGUGUGACAAGCACUAGCCGUGUAGAUUCAUCCACUGGCACGCCACUGCUGCCAUUACCCGACGCCUACAAUCUCAACAUACGUUUGACCUUGGCCAAGGAUUCACAGUGCGGCUUCUCUCUACGCAAGCACCCACUCGACUCCGGCAACGGUGGUCAUGCGUGGAUUGUGGACACGAUUGUUCACGGGUCGCCUGCGCACGUUGGCGGACUGAAAGUCGGCGACGUCGUGCUUAGGAUCAACGACCGUCAGCUGGACGAUGACAUCAUGCCUCUGCAGGAUGAUGUCACCUUGCUGGUGUGCCGGCAGAGUAGCGCACGCACCCUUAGUGUCGGUUCGACAGCGUCUGCAGCGACGGCGCGUAGAGUCGUCAAUCGCGGCAGUAGUCAUCGUCUGAGCGAACGUAACCUGAAGACCGGCGCAUCACCAUUGACACAGCCGUCAAUCCCCGUGGCAAGCUCUGACUGGUCACCGGAUAUCACACAGCGCAAGAGCGGUGAGUUUAGUAACGGCCGCAGCGGCGGCAGCAGCAAUCCAUCCAGCUAUGUUGCUUUGCAAGACUCUGAUUCUGCCGCAGCGGCACAUUCCAGCCAGCGUGAAGACGCAGGCCACACAGAAUACAGUGAUGAUGAAGCCGACGGUACGGGCAACCAAACAAUGGCGUACAAUGCUGCCAAGGAGGCGAGCGCUGUAGCGGCAAUGAUGAAGGACGGAAGCACGGCGACGGCGGCAGCAUGUACCCUCGCUGGCGGCUGUGCAGCAGAAGCAGCGCUGAACCCGCUGCCGCGGCGUGUGCUGCUCAAACGCAAGCGUAGAGUCAACGUCAACGCACGGCGACUGCAGGCGGAUGGUGUAUCGGCAGAUGGAGAAUCGCCGCCAUCGGCUGCCAGCAUGGAGCACCGCUCGUCCAUUGACAGCGUGGAGAGUCACGACAGCAGCUGCGUGUCCUGCAGCACCUCCUCUCAUCACGAACACCGGCCACGCGCACACACCACCUGUACGUCCACACCCGCCGCCGCCGCUGCCACCGCAGACAGCACGGCUACACACAGGCUAUGCACGGCAUCAUCACGGACAACGGCAGUGGCAACAGCAGGCCACGCUACAAAUGGCAGUGGUGCUGGCGAUGAUGAUCUACUACCACCGUCCGCUCCUCCACGAUCACUCAGCUUGUCGCGAGAAGCUCGCAAUCUUAGCUCCAGCAGUGUAGACAGUCUACGCUCCCCCGACUCCGGCUUCUGCUCGCUAUCCCGAGACAACCAGCAUAGCAACAACCAGCUUAGCAACAGCCAGUUCAGCUACGGCAGGAAGUCCUCGUCGCUGGGGAGAGUUGGCGAAGCGCAGUCUGACGAGUUCAGAGCGACCAUGUCCACACCGGACAGCAUAGAGUCACCCGACAUACUGUUGUCACAGCAACAGCGCGGUGGAACAACGACCGACAUGCCAGUCGAGGAUAAUGCCGUCCAGCCCUACGCCAGGUCAUCAUCGAUCAUCGUCGGCAACAAGGUGAACACGACGUCGCCUCCCAAACGCCACCCGUCGCCGCGCAAGCUGGGCAUGACCGAGACAAGUAAUCAUGGUGAUAUUGUCAAGACGCUGUCGGCGCAACGGAGUGUAUCUGCUUCAGCUCUGCGCUCCAGUACCAGCCUGCCACCGCCUGCCAGCAGAAAACAACCUUCACUUCAACACCAGCAGCCGCUGCACUUGAAUGUCGCAGUUCCACCGAGCUCUUCGGUUGAUAGUGGCAUCUCAACCGUGUCCAAUACCAGCCUACCUACGUACCAUGAGUACGCAGCUAACCCGGAUACAUUCCCAUCGCACGUCAGUGUUUCGGCAACGGCCACACUGGCGUCACCAGUUCGCCGUGCAAACACACAGCCAGCUCUGCCCACUGCCGGUGGUGGAGGCAACACGUCUGCAGGUGACGUCCCUCCGUCGCACAGCCGUCGCUCCAACAGUUUGAACGUCAUGGAGUCGAUCUAUAUGAAUACCGGAGCGGAAUCCAGUCAGCGGCCGACCCCGGUGUACGAGAACUUGAACCGCUCGCGAUCCCAGCAGGUAAAUCCCGAUGAUCCGUACAGCGACUACGAGGUCAUGCACUCGCCACGCAACUCCGCCUUGCUGAGCCCGCCAUCGCAAUCCUCUCUCCUGAGCUUGAGCAGUGGUGGCCCAUCGACUGCAACUCUACCCAUUAUGGAGAUUAGUGACGGGAGUGGGGGCAAUGGUGGUGGUGGCGCUGGUGGUGGCACAGGGGUGUCUAGUUUAAACCGAUCUAGAGAUCCAGCACCGCCGAGGGUCUCCGCGGCGGAAGUCCUGCGACGAUUGCAGCAAUCCUCCUAGCCAAGCUGUAGUCCAGCUCAAGCAGAUCUAGAGGUCCUACGACAAUUGCAGUCCGAGUUCUCCUAUCCAGGCUUCAUCCAGCUCAAGCAUACCUAGAGAUCUUGCACCGCGGAGCAUUUCCACGGCUGAAUUCCCGUGACGAUUGCAGCAGUCCUCCUAGCCAAACUACAGUCCAGUUCAAGCAGAUCAAGAGGUCCUUCGAUGAUUACAGUAGUUCUCCUUCUAAAGGCACAGGAAGUAGACCUAGAGGAGGUCCUGUGACGAUUGCGUUAAUCCUCCUAGCCAAGCUGUGGUGUAUGCUCAACAUAAUGGUAAUGUGUAUGUGUAUUGGAGGCCUACGCCAAUCGGUAUGGCCAACAGUCGUCGUAUAUGCCGUAGCCGAGUAGUUGAGGAAAAUCUUAUUUUAUUCUAAAAGGUAGAUUUACACAUUAUAGGGAUUGUAUGGUAAAAAUAGAAUGUGGAGAAGAUCUACUAGAUUAUAAUAUUUUGGACUGGCAACUAUGAACGUCCAUAUUUAGGGAAGUGUGUUGACCCUACCUGGACUUGCAUUCCUUCUUACCACAACUAACUGCUCAUGAAUUGUGAAUGUACAUACUGCACAGCAAUUAAAUCUUUACUAGAUGGCAACUUGAAUUUAUCCCUUCACCUUUUUUUCUUUUUCACGACAAAAGAUUGAAGCUUUCUUGCCAGCUCACACAGAUUAGGUUGAGAUGUAAUCGUAAUUGUUUUUGCAUUGUUCCGCGGCGGCCAUUGAGAUUAUUAUUCUGUAAUCAUCAACUGUGUCACCGCUGUCUUUCUUACACGAUUGGUGUGUGGGACAUGUAGGGGGACUUGAAGGCUGCAUCACUGAGUUUCAUUGACCAGCGA